AUGAAAGAUCAGCGCGUGAAGACACCGAACGGCAUUAUCUCAAAUGAAUCUCCUCUUCAAGGGCCUGAGCCUUCCCCAGCAGAGACUGGGUGUUUCCCCGAGCCUGCCCCCGAGCCUGCCACAGAAGAAACCGAGUCUUUCAUAGAAGAGCCUGAGCCCGCUCCAGCAGAGCCUGAUCCCGCUCCAGCAGAGCCUGAGCCCGCUCCAGAAGAGCCUGAGCCCGCUCCAGCAGAGCCUGAUCCCGCUCCAGAAGAGCCUGAGCCCGCUCCAGAAGAGCCUGAGCCCGCUCCAGCAGAGCCUGAGCCCGCUCCAGAAGAGACUGGUGCUGAAGGAAAUGGCGAACAGUGGAAUAUUCCCCAAGUGCCUGCUAAUGCUGACGGCUGGCCACACGCUUCUUUGUUACCCGGGGGUACGUCUGACACCGAAUUACUGCAGGAGGCUCCUGAUCAGGGCCACAUAGCGGAAAUUUCAUGCUCGGACUUAAGCCUGUACGAAAAUUGGGGAAGCCUGUCUUCGAAGGAAAGAGCUAAGAGGGCUCGCAAGCUUAGGUCUAGAGGACUUCCCAUCCCAAGCGAGACUGGUUUCAUUUCUAUAGUUGCAGAUUGA